UCGCUGCUUCGGGAGAUGGUCGCCGUCGUCGUCCUCUUGCUGCUGGCGGCCGCCGCGCUCGCGGUGGCCGCCCUCCUGGUCCGCUUCUCUCGCGCCGUGUCCGAGUUGAGGCGCGUCCGUCGCAUGACCGCCAAGCUGCCCGGCCCGCCCAUGUACCCCCUGAUCGGCAACGCGCUCGAGCUGGCCUGCAGUAUGGACGAGGUCUACGACCGCCUGCACUCGCUCGCGUCCACGCACGGGUCCAUGUACCGCUUGGCGAUAGCGCACGUCACCUUCGCCUUUGUCAUGGACCCCGACGACAUGGAGGCCGUCAUGACCAGCGGCAAGACGUCGGACAAGUCGGUGACGUACGGCACGCUGGAGCCGCUUAUGGGCCGCGGGCUCGCCGUCCUCAACGGGGACGAGUGGCGGCGGCACCGCAAGGCCAUCUCGCCCAGCCUGCACCUCGACAUCCUGCGCGACUUCGUGCCGAUCUUCUCCAAGCAGGGCGCGGCCUUCGCGGACACGCUGGCCGAGCUCGCCGAAAAGGGGGAGGCGUUCGACGUGACGCCGCUCAGCGGAGCCUGCGCCAACCACACCAUCUGCGAGACCGUCAUGGCCACCGACCUGCACAGGAACGACCCGAUGAAGCGCGAUUUCCUCGACGCCAUCCCUAAGGCCUUCGACCACUUCAUGUACCGCGUGUGGAGGCCCUGGCUCCUCAGCGAGUGGGUCUACUCGCUGCACCGCUCGCGGUUCCCGGAGUACCUCAAGGUGAAGGACUCCCUCAACCGAUUCACCCGAAAGAUAAUCUGCGAAAAGAAGAAGGCACUGCAGAAGCACGAGAUCCCCCAACGGAAGCGGCAAGCCUUUCUGGGCCACAUGCUGGUCUCUGAAGAGGGCGCGGCGCUGAGCGAGGCGGAGCUCGCUGAGGAAGUCAAGACCCUUGUUAUGAUAGCGUCGGCUUCCUCGAUGGACGCCCUUACCUUCCUCAUUUACACGCUCGCCAUCCGCCAGGACAUUCAGGACAAAGUUAGACAAGAGCUGGACGACAUCCUGGGCGAGGAUCGCGGGCGCCCCUUGCAGCACUCGGACCUCGCCCACAUGCAGUACACGGAACGGGUCAUCAAGGAGACGCUGCGCUUCUUCAGCGUCGUGCCCAUCUUCGCGCGCACCGUCACCGAGGACUUGCUCCUGCCGUCCGGCUUCACCGUCCCGCGCGGCUCCCAGGCCACCUUCUGGCUGCCCUACGUGCACCGAAACCCCCAAUGGUUCCCGGAGCCGGACAAGUUUGACCCGGACCGCUUCCUGCCGGAUAACUCGCGUGGCCGCCACCCCUUCGCCUACGUUCCGUUCAGCGCCGGGCCCAGGAACUGCAUCGGUCAGCGGUACGCCAUGACGUUCCUAAAGACGGUGGCGGCCACCAUCGUGCCGCGGCUGCGGUUCGAAGUCCCCGACGACGGCCCCAGCCGCCUCGAGGAUGUCCCACUCACGAUGAACCUCACCGUGUCCGUGCGGGGCGGUGCCAACAUCCGGGUGCACCGACGCUAAGCAAAGAUGAUCACGCGCAGUCCCCAUUUCAGAGAUUUCGGAGAUUUCAGACCGACCUCGUGUCGCUGGGACGGGCUGCGGCACGGGCGUCGAGUGUACGGCUGGAUCACCUUUAGAGAAACAGAUAACAGAUCUGUUUCAAAAAUGUCUCAAUGAACAUAUUAGUAACCUUCCUGAAACGGGUCUGUUCUGUUAUUUGUUAUUUCUCUUAAUUAAGGUGAUACGUAAACUAACUUUGCCCAGGGCCUAAAAUUGUUUUUAAAAUGCUAAUACGGUGCUGCAGGGUUCACUGUGGCUUGCAGUGAAUUCACCGUAAGAAGUGAACCCUAACUGUACCACCGAUUUUAAACACAAUUUGAGGCCCUGAGCAAAGUUACCUCGGUGGGCCAAAGUUACCCCAGUUUACGGUCCUAUGUAGCUAUGGCGUGUAAACCCUUCACUUUGAGGAUGUGGACUGGAUGAGAAUGCUGCCGAGGCCCUCCUUUUGGGCGCUUUGUGCUGAGCUAGUCAAACCAUGUUUCAGGAGAAAUAAAUUGAUCACCACUGCUCA